UGAAACUUAAUAUAAUGUAUUUCGUAUUCGUCCGGACAAGCCGCCGUCGAAGCGUAAAUUCGUAGAAUUUGUAUAUGAAGGAGCUUCUAGCCGACGUGAAACGAUCCCGCACUCAUGCUCGGCCCAUCCUUGCGUCGCGCUCGGACAUCCCUUUCGAACCAUCCGAUCGUUGCUGCGGUUUUCCCACCAACCGGUUUUCAUAGACCAGCGGCGGCGGCGGCGGAGGAGGAAGAACAGCUUCUCUCUUGCGAGCUCCGAAAGUGCGCUCGAGCCUCCGAUCUGCGCAAUGGGAGUGCAAUUCACGCGCGCCUCCUCAAAGGGUCGGCACCCUUUUCCCUCUUCCUCAGGAAUCACGUGCUCAACGCCUACCUCAAGUGCGGCAGCCUCGAGAGCGGCCUCCAGCUGUUCGACGAAAUGCCCGAGCGGAACGUGGUGUCCUGGUCGGCCCUCAUCGCGGGCUUCGUGCAGCGGGGCCGCCCCGAGGGCGCCGUCGCCUUGUUCCGCGGCAUGAACCGUGAGGGGACCGCGAGGCCUAACGAGUUCACGCUCGUGAGCGCGCUCCAUGCUUGUUCUUGCUCGGGGAAUCGGGUGGCUCGCCAAGUUUAUGCGCAUGUUGUGAAGUUGGGAUUCGAGGGCAAUGUGUAUUUGAUCAAUGCGUUUUCGACGGCCUUGAUAAGGAACGGUCGAUUGUCGGAGGCCAUGGAAGUUUUCGAGAAGUGCCCGAUUAGGGAUAUUGUGUCUUGGAAUGCUAUCAUGGCAGGAUACUUGGAGUUUUCUUAUGCUGAAGUUCCUUGGUUUUGGGGUCGUAUGAUCCGUGAAGGAGAGGUGAAACCUGAUCACUAUACCUUUUCGAGUGUUCUCACAGCAUUGGCUGCUCUUUCAGAUAUUGAUAUGGGAUUGCAGGUUCAUGCGCAGCUUGUUAAGUGUGGCCAUGGAAGUGAAAUUUGUGUGGGGAAUUCUUUGGUAGGUAUGUACUUGAAAAAUCUUAGAUUAGAUGAAGGAUUUAGAGCUUUUGAAGAAAUGUGCUCAAAGGAUGUUUUGUCGUGGACCCAGAUGGCUGCUGGUUGUCUAUUGUGUGGUGAGCCGGGCAAAGCGCUUGAGGUCUUUGCAGAAAUGCGAAAAGCGGGGGUUAUGGCAAAUGAAUUUACUCUUUCGACGGCACUAAAUGCCUGUGCCAACAUUGCUUCUUUGGAAGAAGGGGUGAAAAUUCAUGGUUUAAGGAUUAAACUGGGGAGCAAUGAUGACAUCUGUGCAUUAAAUGCACUGAUUGAUAUGUACAUGAAAUGUGGAUGUGUGGAUGCUGCACGAGGUGUUUUCCAAUCCAUGAAGGAGCAUUCAGUUGUGUCAUGGACAACGAUGAUCAUUGGAUGCGCACAAAAUGGUCAAGCUAGAGAGGCUCUCAAGUUCUUUGAUGAGAUGAUUGAAGAAGGAGCGCAGCCAAAUCAAAUCACCUUUGUUUGUGUGCUCUAUGCUUGCUCCCAGGGAGGGUUUGUUGAUGAAGGGUGGAAAUAUUUUUCCUCUAUGAGUCAGCGUCAUGGCAUUUCCCGCGGAGAAGAUCACUAUGCAUGUAUGGUUAAUCUACUUGGACGAAAUGGACAAAUUAAACAAGCUGAGGGAUUGAUUUUGAGCAUGCCAUUUCAACCAGGGGUGCUUAUCUGGCAGACGCUGCUUGGUGCUGCCCUCAUUCAUGGGGAUAUGGAAACUGCAAAGCACGCUUCUGAUCAUGCAUUGAAAUUGGACCGAAAAGACCCUUCGACUUAUGUGCUGCUAUCAAAUAUGUUCGCUGGUUUGAGGAACUGGGAUGGGGUUGGGAUGAUGAGAGAGCUAAUGGGGACUUCUGAUGUAAGGAAAUUGCCUGGGUCCAGUUGGAUCGGUCAGGAGAAAAGUGGGCCGCUAGCUUUAGCUGAUGGCUAGAUGACGAUAAUGAUGAGGCCAAUGGCGGUAACUCCGACUUGGUAUUUGACCAGGCUUAAAGCCCUGUUGAUGUAAACAACAUUCAUGGAGCAUUGCAGUCUUUAGCAGGGAAGCAACGUGAAGAGGGCAUUGAGAAGGAAUGAUGGCAUCGGAUUUUGUCAAUAUCAUCUUCAAGCCGCCUCUCAGAAGAUACCAAAAUAGUGCCAGAAAGAAAUGGAAAGAAUCACCAGCAGGUGUUUGAAGGAGAAGCUUACUAGGAUACUAGGAUGAUGCUAGUGCUUUUGCGAAGACGAGCAGUUUGCCGGCAUUAUUUCACUGGAUUGAAGUUUAAUUCAUUUGCUGAAAGACGCUGAUAUGAGCAAUUGGGUGCACUUAGGAGAAACAUUUACCGAGUGAAAUGGGCACAAGUUGGCUGAACUUGACAUAGGAGGCAGUCCAGAUCAUCCGAUGGAAUGUGAUUCCCUCCCUCAUGCACGUGUGUGCAAGAACUUUAGAUCAUGUGUCUAGGAUGUCAAAUGAAAUUCGUAAGAGCAGCUCUAACCAAGGCUUUAUAAUGGUGAAGUAUUUGUCACAUUGUCGUA